AUGUCUCAAACUACGCACGGUCGCAUGGAUCUCCCUUCUGCAUCCCUUGGGCCAACGAAGCCCCUGUCAUGUCUGGUAUCCGAGAAUGAGGGACAGGUUGGCGAUAACCUUGACUACGAUGAUAAGGAGGCUAAGCAACCCAUUGAUCUCUCUCCUGGAUCCAUUAUCCAGAGGCAGAAUGACGGCCAUCCUUUUGUCAUCAAGAGGACCAGAUGGAAUGAGAAUGGAGAGGAACUCUUUUGGGGACACAGUUUCACGAGUCGUCCAAAGUUCAAGAAGUUUGAACAACAAUACGAAAUACCGGGACCAGAGAUCAAACAUUUCAUCUACAUUGGGGGAGGGAAACCCAACAAAGGCUUCGACCCCAAACACAUUACACCGCCAACAGUGCCAGAACUCGACUUGGAUGGCCCUCCGAUGCGCUUGUACUCCUACAUCGUUAUUGAGGAAUGCGGGCCUUAUAAGCGUGACGACUUUGCGCCAUACGAAAAUCAACAGCACCGACUAAGUCGCUCAGGUGUGGAGAAGUUACUCGGCCUAUCUACAACACAGGGUCCUGAAGAAGAGUCCUUCUCUGAGCGUACCCGUCGCGCAACCCAAAAUACACCUGAAACUACCCCCAACCCCCCACACACAGGUGUCCAGCCCACCAGCCCCCCCCGCCAAUCUCUAAACUGCACCACCAACAGAGGUUGGAAGUCGCCCUUUAUCCAUCCGCCUUUUAUCCAGCCGCCCUUUGCGCAGUCAUCCAUCAUCCGGUUCACAGUUUUGUUUGCGUUCGUCUGGCUUAAUACCAUGGAUUCGUUGCGACAGUUUUCAACGAUGAAGAAAACGCGCCUCGUUUCACGCUGGUAA